CAAAAAAAUGGCCGACGAAACGUUUGACGGUGCCAUUGGUAUUGAUCUCGGUACUACAUACUCCUGCGUUGGUGUAUGGCAAAACGACCGUGUCGAAAUCAUUGCCAAUGACCAGGGUAACCGCACCACACCGUCAUACGUCGCCUUCUCGCAGGACGAGCGUUUGAUCGGCGAUGCUGCCAAAAACCAGGCUGCCAUGAACCCCAAGAACACCGUCUUCGACGCUAAGCGUCUGAUCGGUCGCCGAUUCGACGAUCCUGAUGUCAAGAAGGACAUGACCCACUGGCCCUUCGAGGUCGUUGAAAAGGACGGCUCUCCUCUCAUCAAGGUUGACUACCUCGGUGAGGAGAAGCAGUUCAGCCCCCAGGAAAUCUCCGCCAUGGUCCUCACCAAGAUGAGGGAGGUCGCUGAGGCCAAGCUCGGCAAGGAGGUCAAGAAGGCCGUCGUCACUGUCCCCGCCUACUUCAACGACUCUCAACGUUUGGCUACCAAGGAUGCUGGUGCCAUCGCUGGUCUCGAGGUCCUCCGUAUCAUCAACGAACCCACCGCGGCCGCCAUCGCCUACGGUCUCGACCGUCAAUCCAAGGCCGAGAAGAACGUCCUCAUCUUCGAUCUCGGUGGAGGAACUUUUGAUGUUUCCCUCUUGAACAUCAGCGGUGGUGUCUUCGCCGUCAAGGCCACCUCCGGUGACACUCAUCUUGGUGGUGAGGACUUCGACAACAACCUCUUGGAGUUCUUCAAGAACGAGUUCAAGAAGAAGACCAAGCUCGACAUCUCUGAGGAUGCUCGUGCCCUCCGUCGCUUGAGGUCUGCUUGCGAGCGUGCCAAGCGCACCCUCUCCAGCGUCACCCAGACCACCGUCGAGGUCGAUUCCCUCUUCCAGGGUGAGGACUUCUCCGCCAACCUCACUCGUGCCCGUUUCGAGGAGAUCAACGCCUCCCUCUUCAAGUCCACCAUCGACCCCGUCGAGAAGGUCCUCAAGGACUCCAAGAUCCCCCGUGAGAAGGUCGAUGACAUUGUCCUCGUUGGUGGCUCCACCCGUAUCCCCAAGAUCCAGUCCCUCGUCUCUGAGUAUUUCGGUGGCCGUCAAUUGAACAAGUCCAUCAACCCCGAUGAGGCUGUUGCCUACGGUGCCGCCGUCCAGGCUGCUAUCCUUACUGGCCAGACCUCUGACCAGACCAAGGACCUCCUCCUCCUCGACGUUGCUCCUCUCUCCCUCGGUGUUGCCAUGCAGGGUGAUGUCUUCGGUGUCGUCGUUCCCCGCAACACUCCUAUCCCCACCAACAAGUCUCGUGUCUUCACCACUGUCGAGGACAACCAGACCACCGUCACCUUCCCCGUCUACGAGGGUGAGCGCACCCAGUGCCGCGACAACCGUCUGCUCGGUGAAUUCGAGCUCACUGGCAUUCCCCCCAUGCCCCGUGGCCAGGCCGAGCUCGUCACCACCUUCGAGGUCGACGCCAACGGUUUGCUCAAGGUCUCUGCUCAGGAUCGUGCCUCUGGCCGCAAGGCUUCUAUCACCAUCACCAACUCCGUUGGUCGUCUCUCGUCCGCUGAGAUUGAGCAGAUGAUCAAGGAUGCCGAGCAAUUCAAGAACGCCGACAAGGAGUUCUCUGCUCGACAUGAAGCCAAGUCUGACCUCGAGGCCUACAUCCACCAGGUCGAGAGCACCAUCACCUCGCCCGAGAUUGGCAUGAAGCUCAAGCGAGGAGCCAAGGGCCAGGUUGAGGCUGAGCUCGCUCGUGCUCUUGAGAAGCUCGAGAUCGAGGAUUCGACCGCUGAUGAGCUCAGGAAAGCUCAGCUCGGCAUCAAGCGUGCCCUCCAAAAAGCUACUGCUGGCAUCCGAUAAAUGUAUUACUAGCACACGCCUGUUCCCUCCCUCUUGAUGAUGACUGGUAAUUGGCAUUACUCCUAGAUUCUAUCCGCAUUCUCGUCUCGCAGUUUUCUCAAUUGUAACAUCUAAUCCCUCCCUCGGCAUGAAUCACGACUAGUCAUCUCGCUCGCUUCCAUGUGUUGUUGUAUCGGUUGUUUCGCUGUUUCUCUUUUUUAUUUUCUUCUCUCCCUUUUUUCUUGUGAU